AUGAACAAUCAAAGGGAAAACUACCCAGAACCAAGUCUGGCUAAGGACGCCAGGAAACAGCAAAUGAGAGAAUGUCAUUCUGGUCAUUGUCCAAAAGACUUUACAUAUUCCAACAACUGCUAUUAUAUUACUUUUGGAAAAAAAAAAACAUGGAAUAAGAGUUUGAUAGCCUGUACUUCUAGGAACUCUAUUCUGCUCUAUAUAGAUAAUGAAGAGGAAAUGUAUGUUUAA